AUGUUGUUUAUUAAUACGUUGCUUAGUAUCCCUUAUGCUGUAUUAUGUAAAACGUUCGAGAAAUGCGAAAACACGACCAAACGAUUGGAAAUUACAGAGUACCUUGUUAGCUUGUUCUCAAAGGUUAUUCAGCUGCGCCCUGAUGGAUUACUGGAGAUAUUGUACAUGUGCAUUAACAAGCUUUGUCCCGAUUAUGAAGGACUUGAACUCGGUAUUGGUGAAUCACUAUUGAUUAAAGCCAUUGCUGAGUCUACGGGUAGAAGCGUCAAACAGAUCAAGGCAGAGUAUGCAAAAAUAGGUGACCUUGGUACAAUUGCAAAGGAAAGUAAAGGAUCUCAAAGGACACUGUUUAAACCCAAGGCCUUGACUGUAUCUCAUGUAUUCCGUGUACUAAAGGAGGUUGCCAAAAUUAGUGGGCACUCUGCACAAAGUAAAAAAGUGGAUAAGAUUAAAAGUUUACUUGUAGCAUGUCAAGAGAAUGAAGCAAAAUACAUUAUUCGUCAAUUAGAAGGCAAGCUGAGAAUAGGUUUAGCGGAACAAACGGUUUUAUCUGCGCUUGCUCAAGCAGUAAUGCUGCAUAAGUUAAACUCUUCCAAAGUGUCUACAACAAAGAAAGAGGAACUACUUGCUAGUGCUGUUGAUACAGUCAAAUACGUAUACAACCAAUUACCAUGUUAUGAUGAUAUUGUACCUGCAUUAUUAAAGUAUCCUGUUGAAGAACUACUUGAUCACUGUACGAUGCAUCCUGGUGUGCCAUUGAAGCCUAUGCUUGCUCACCCGACAAAAAGUUUGACUGAAGUACUGGAUCGAUUUGAAGGACAGGUAUUCACUUGUGAAUUCAAGUACGAUGGUGAACGUGCUCAAAUUCACAAGUUAGCCAAUGGAGAAAUCCGUGUGUACAGUCGUAACUCUGAAAAUAUGUCUGUGAGAUAUCCAGAUAUCAUGAACGCGAUUGAAAAGUGGGUCAAACCAACAACAGAAACAUUCAUAUUGGACUGUGAAGCAGUUGCGUGGGACAAGGAAUCCCAAAAGAUCUUACCUUUCCAAAUUCUGAGCACACGUAAGCGUAAAGAUGUCAAAGAAGAAGAAAUCAAGGUACGAGUGGCCGUGUUUGCCUUUGACUGCCUCUAUUUGAAUGGAAAGUCUCUGUUGCGGGAUCCUCUAGAAGUGCGUCGUCAAAAACUGCGUGAUGCAUUUCAGGAAACAGAAAAUGAAUUUUACUUUGCAAAACAUAUGGAUUCUAAUAAUAUUGAGGACAUACAAACCUUUUUGGACGUGUCAAUCACCAGUAACUGUGAAGGGUUAAUGGUCAAAUCGUUCAGUGGGCCCGAAGCGACGUAUGAACCAUCAAAGCGAUCCCGAAACUGGCUCAAGGUCAAAAAAGACUACUUGAGCGGCGUGGGUGAUUCGAUGGACCUAGUCGUUAUUGGUGCUUACUACGGACGUGGCAAACGUACAUCUGUCUAUGGUGCGUUCCUGCUUGCCUGCUAUGAUCCUGAGACAGAAGAAUACCAGACGAUCUGUAAGCUCGGCACAGGUUUCUCUGAAGAAAACCUGCAGCUAUUUUAUGAUACGCUCAAAGACCAUGUGAUAGAAGAGCCCAGGAGGUUUUAUACCCUAGGAGAUAACCCACCCAAGCCUGACAUCUGGUUUGAACCUGUUCAAGUGUGGGAAGUCAAGUGUGCCGAUCUCAGUGUCAGUCCAACUUAUAUGGCUGGCGUCGGCAAAGUAGAUGAAACCAAAGGAAUCUCACUUCGUUUCCCUCGAUUUAUUCGUGUGAGAGACGAUAAGGAGCCCGAGGAUGCAACAACGAGUGAGCAAAUAACUGAUUUUUACUUUUCACAGCAAAGCCAGCAAGGCAAUAAGGCAGAAAGCAUGGACUAUUAA